CACCACGGUGCUGACCCCCCGCUCCUCUCCCCAGCCGUACAGCGGGGCCGCAUGGCUCACUCCCAGAGCAGCCCGGGCCAGUACCCGCUGGCCCCGGGGGACCCUUACGGCGGCCACGGCUACCUGAGCGGCUUCAUCUCCCUGCUCCUCCGCGCCGAGCCCUAUCCCCCAGCCCGCUACGGCGCCCAGUGCCUGCAACCCAGCAGCGUGGUGGGCAUCGAGAGCAUCUGCGAGCUGGCCGCCCGCCUCCUCUUCAGCGCCAUCGAGUGGGCCAAGGCCAUCCCCUUCUUCCCGGACUUGCAGCUCUCCGACCAGGUGGCCCUGCUCCGCCUGGGUUGGAGCGAGCUCUUCGUCCUCAACGCGGCGCAGAGCGCCCUGCCCCUGCACGCCGCCCCGCUGCUGGCCGCCGCCGGCCUCCACGCCGCCCCCAUGGCCGCCGAGCGCGUGGUGGCCUUCAUGGACCACAUCCGCGUCUUCCAGGAGCAGGUGGAGAAGCUGAAGGCGCUGCACGUCGACGCCGCCGAGUACGCCUGCCUCAAGGCCGUGGCGCUCUUCUCGCCUGACGCCGUGGGGCUGUCGGACCUGGGCCACGUGGAGAGCGUGCAGGAGAAGUCUCAGUGCGCCCUGGAGGAGUACGUGCGCAGCCAGCACCCCAGCCAGCCCGGCCGCUUCGGCCGCCUGCUGCUGCGCCUCCCCUCCCUGCGCAGCGUCUCGGCCCCCGUCAUCGAGCAGCUCUUCUUUGUGCGCCUGGUGGGCAAGACCCCCAUCGAGACCCUCAUCCGCGACAUGCUGCGCGGGUCCACCUUCAGCUGGCCCUACAUCCCCAUGCAGUGACCCCCCCCCAAAAAA